AUGGCAAGUUUGCAAUUGACAGCAUCUGCCCUGCUUCCACAAGUGCGGUAUGGAUUAUGGUAUAAACCACCUAGAACACCAUCUCAAGCUAUGCAUUUAGGCUAUAAACGAAUUAAUGAUGUUUGUAAAACAGAUUCGUAUCAUGGUUUUAUAUUUGUUAAAGAAGGAAAUGAUAAAUCCAGAAUUAUUUUCGAUUUAAAUGGAAAUUUAGCUGGUAUUCAAACUAUGAUACCAGGCAAUUUAAAGGGCUAUAACUCUAGAAACGAAACUAUCCGUCUGCCGCCACCAGAGGUCAUACCACCAAUAUUAUUAGAUUUAGAACAAAGUAAAAAUGAUAGACAGAUGUACACUAUAACAGUCGACCCAGCUGUAAAUGGGUACAGAUCAAUGGCCAAGGACCAGCUGACUCACCUUGCGGGGUUCUAUUUAUACUGUUCAUGGACCCUGGUGGAAGGUUACCGAGGUGUGGGUUUUACCGGGGUUGCCGGGAUUCGUAAGUAUCGGGGUUAUCGGGGUGGAUUUUUACCCGGGUUACCAAGGUUGAUCAGUACCGGGAUUGGUUUGUUUCAAGCAUAUUUCAAGCAUCCUAGAUUGAUAUGUACACCAUAUUACGCCAAUAUUCGACCAGAUAAAGGAUUGUUUAUACAGACAGGCUAUAAUGUAGAACAACAAUAUAUAGAGAUUCCGUUAGAAUCUAAAUAUCUUUCUCCAGAUUGGAUACCACAUACUUGUAAUCCAAAGAUGGGUUUACAUUAUUUUAAAAAUUUAACACCUAAUAUGAAAUGUGAAGACCUAUAUCCUGUGUUUUUAAUGUAUAACUCAGAAGGCCAGUUAGGAUCUUUUGGUUGGUCAUUCCAAGGUGCACCAUCUCCUUAUAUGGAAAAUGAUUUGUCAUGGUUCAGACUAUCACAACAGUAUUAUCCUUUUGUGUUUGACACUACAAAACUACCAGCAUGUAUGUACAACAAACAUUUCCAAGUAUUUGGAAUGCAUUUCUGGUUGCGUGACCCAGAAACUAUGCUGUGCCCAGUAGCAACCGUGCCUAUGAGAGACACUGAGUAUCAAACCACUCCUCGCAUGAGAACCACGACAGUGAGAAAAAUAGACCGUAAUAUUAUCGUGGAUAAAAUAAUCCGUGACAGUUUAAACUCUGCACAAAGUACCGUGCCAUGUGUUUCCGGUAUUCUACUAGUAAACUGUAUAGUGUGUUUAGUGUUCAGUACCUCGUUUUUCUCAACGCUAGUGUCCUUAUUUUUAACGCUUUCUAACUGUGUUUUAUAG